CGCCUCAUUUUAGCUCUCGGCACCCCAAAUCGACGCCCCGAUGUCGGAAACAGAAUAAGUUUCCUACAAGGUUUUAACGGGGCAGGGAACCAGCCGCUCAACUUUGGAAGUUGGAGGGGCGGCGGCAAUGGCGACGACGCCGAUGAUGCCGGCUGCGGGGGAGGGGAAUCAGGUGGCGGUGCCACAGCCUCCGGGGACGGACAUGACGGGAAUAUGCUUCAGGGAUCAACUGUGGCUGAACACAUACCCUCUCGACCGAAACCUAGUCUUCGACUACUUCGCCCUUUCUCCCUUUUACGACUGGACCUGCAACAACGAAAACCUCCGCAUGCGCUCCAUUCAUCCUCUCGAUAUCUCUCACCUCUCGAAAAUGACAGGCACAGAAUACAUGCUGAGUGACGUUAUGGAGCCCCACCUCUUUGUCAUCCGUAAGCAAAAGAGGGACAGCCCUGAGAAAGUCACACCAAUGCUAACAUAUUAUAUCUUAGAUGGUUCUAUAUACCAAGCACCACAACUUUGCAAUGUUUUUUCUGCUCGAAUAGGGCGGGCUUUAUAUCAUAUAUCAAAAGCUUUUACUACGGCAGCCUCAAGGUUGGAGAAGAUUGGAAAUGUAGAUGCUGAAAAUGGGAGCACAGCUUUUGAACCAAAGGUUGGGAAAGAGACAAUUGACUUUAAGGAAGUAAAACGGAUAGAUCAUAUUCUUGCUUCAUUACAGCGCAAGCUACCACCAGCUCCUCCUCCCCCACCUUUUCCAGAAGGCUAUGCACCCCCUCGAACUGCAGAAGGAGAGAAUGACUCUGAAGCGCAGCAAGCAGCAGAGUCCCAAGUUCCUACAGUUGAUCCAAUUAUCGAUCAAGGCCCAUCAAAGAGGAUGAAAGUUUGAGCUAAUUUACAGCACCCAUAUCUGUAAAAGCAGAUUCUUCACCAAUAGAAAGAGUUAUAUCUAUCGAAAUCAGUUUUCCGUGUCAAUAUUAAUCUAGUUUCUAGCCUUUUCUUUUC